GUGUAUGCACCCUGUCACCUGUCUGCGCUGCACCGGGGUUGACUAAGUGUCUCACUGCCGUCAUGCUCUCGAGUGGCAGGAUGGGGUGGGUUGAUGAGCGUGCUGGAAGUGGAUUGUGGGUAAACUCCCACCACCUCAAUAGUGUAUUUCAAGCAAUGAAUCAUCUGCAUGUAAAUGUGUGAGUUUCUCCUUGUAUAGUUGCUUCAGUCACCACGGGCAACCAGCUGCUGUGUGACAGGGCAAGCUUAGGGACCAUGGCAGAAGGUCCCAGUCGUCCCCGCCGUCCCCUGACUAUAGUCUGUCAUACGCACCAUAAACACUGAGGCUGUGAACUAUAAACACUUCCCGCUCCUGCCACAGCAUCACUGCAGGAGAGGUCAACUGCAAACAUGUUUAUGAAAACAGACGGCUGCAGGAGGACGUGGCUUUAACGCGAGCGUUUAUCUCCUCUGAAGCUCUGAAGAUGACGGGCCAGGUGGCAGAGAUGGACCGCUCAUCCCACAACCUCUCAGUGAAGACCACCUUGGAGGAGGAGAUCGGGAGAGCUGAGAGCAUUCUGAGCAGGGUGCCAUCUGUCUGCGAUGACACAUCCUCAGAGCUGCAGAGAGUCGCCGCUCUCGACCCUCGCGGAGGCCACUCCAGAAAUUCUUUUCAGAGGACCGGAGCCGUCUCAAGACUGGUGAGCCUGGUGGUGAGACUGAGGGAAUGGGCACACAGGAGCCUGGUGGAGGAAGAGCGGCCAGACUCCUUCCUGGAGCGCUUUCGUGGCCCUGAGCUGAGAACGGCCCCCAGCCGCAUCAGCAACACACAACCAGACGCCAAUGGCAACAAUGCCAAAGGGAUCUUUAGGAAAAAGUGGAAUCUGUUUGUGGUGUCCCCGUCCGAUGACGCCUACUACCGCUGGUUAUUUGUUAUCGCCAUAGCGGUGUUGUACAACUGGUUCCUUGUUGUUGCAAGGGCAUGCUAUGAUGAGUUACAGGUGGGCAACUACAUCUGCUGGCUGGUGUUGGACUACCUCUCCGACACUGUGUACCUGAUGGACACUUGUGUCCGUCUACGCACAGGUUACCUCGAACAAGGUUUGCUGGUGAAGGACCACGCCAAGCUAAGAGACAGCUACGUCCGUACAUUGCAGUUCAAGUUGGACGUGUUGUCCAUCCUGCCCACUGACCUGGCCUACAUCGUCACAGGCAUCCACACGCCACAGCUCAGGUUCAAUCGUCUGCUGCGCUUCCCUCGCAUGUUUGAAUUCUUUGACCGCACAGAGACACGCACCAACUACCCCAACAUCUUCCGCAUCUGCAACUUGGUGCUUUACAUCCUGGUCAUCAUUCACUGGAACGCCUGCAUCUACUAUGCUAUAUCCAAUUCUUUGGGAUUUGGCUCAGACACUUGGGUGUUCCCCAAGAACGCUAAUUCCUCCCUGACUCGGAGUUACGUCUACUGUCUGUACUGGUCAACUCUAACUCUGACCACCAUUGGAGAGAUGCCUGCACCUGUGCGAGAUGAAGAGUACCUAUUUGUGGUCUUUGACUUUCUUGUUGGGGUUCUGAUCUUUGCCACAAUUGUGGGAAACGUUGGCUCUAUGAUUGCCAACAUGAAUGCUACCCGUGCUGAGUUUCAAGCCCGGAUCGAUGCCAUCAAACACUACAUGCACUUCCGCAAAGUCAGUAAAGAGCUGGACACGCGUGUCAUUAAAUGGUUUGACUACCUUUGGACCAACAAGAAAGCAGUCGAUGAGCAGGAGGUGCUAAAGAACUUGCCAAACAAACUGCGGGCUGAGAUUGCUAUCAAUGUGCACCUGGAGACCCUGAAGAAAGUGCGCAUCUUUCAAGACUGUGAGGCAGGACUGCUGGUGGAGCUCGUGCUCAAACUACGGCCGCAGGUCUUCAGUCCGGGGGACUACAUCUGCAGGAAAGGGGACAUAGGUAAGGAGAUGUAUAUCAUUAAGGAGGGUAAGCUGGCUGUUGUGGGCGAUGACGGGGUCACACAGUACGCUGUCCUCACCGCUGGCAGCUGUUUUGGGGAAAUCAGCAUUCUGAACAUAAAAGGUAGUAAAAUGGGAAAUCGACGGACAGCCAACAUUCGCAGCUUGGGUUACUCUGAUCUUUUCUGCCUCUCCAAGGACGACUUGAUGGAGGCAGUGACUGAGUAUCCAGAUGCUAAGUCUGUGCUGGAGGAGCGAGGCCGGGAGAUCCUGACCAAGGAGGGUCUUUUGGAUGAGAACGUGGAGAGUGGUGGGCUGCAGAAAGAGGACACAGAGGAGAAGGUGGAGAGGCUGGAGUCCUCCCUGGACUCCCUUCAGACUCGCUUUUCUCGUUUACUCAGUGAAUACACGCACACUCAGCAGCGGCUGAAGCAGCGGAUCACUCUACUGGAGCGGCAGCUGAAUCAAAUGGACUGCGACACAGAUGCAAACCAUGACAGUGGUGCCCCUGCAGAGACAGUCAAUGAAACAGACCCGGUGCCUGUUGCCCACACAGAUGGGUCUCCACUUCAGAAUAAUGGGCAAAUAGAGGACAAGAGUCAGACAUCAUAACAUCAACUGUCUCACAGAUUUUAAACUGUAUGAGAUAUAGACUCAUUUAGAAAAACCUCAUGACACACUCACCUAACGUUUCAUCAGUUUAACUGUGUAAAGAGAAGUCCAGUCCACAUGUCAAUAAACAUGAAAAGAAAGCUGACAACACGGCCAUGCCAAAGCAGAUUAUGAGUUUUUGACUUUGCCAAAACCAGUGAGUUGAAUGUGUUUAAGUGUUGGCUUUAAAGCUACUUCCCAGGAUAUGUUAAAUUACAUUAUAUUGGUGAAAAAAAUAAAAUAAAUCUAGCAUACAUAAAAAAUCAGUAAAUUUAAGUUUAAAUGUCUCUUAAAAAAAUAAAGGGUGCAUUUUUGGAUGAAAAAGCACUGAAAACUGCGGGUUGCUGUCGAUUGUUGGUCACUUGUAAACAUCUUGUAUUGUAUUGCAUCAGCAGAGGGAUUCAGUUCUCCUGACAUGCACUGAGCUCGGGCUCUGUACACCUCGUCUCAUUCGGCCCCUCCUGGGAGAAAAGUCCGAGGAGAGGUGGUGGAAGGUGAUUUGCUGGGUUCACGUACACAAACACAAUUGUUUUCCAGCCUCCUCAUUUUCCAGGUUAGAUCUGAAAACUAGGAUCAUUAUCACGACAAUCGUUUUUCCUCAUUUUCCUCCCCCAUGUCGGUCUUUGUAGGACAAUGACUUUUAGCUCUCACUCACAAUUUCCAGUUUCGGUUUUCCAGCCGAGCCACAAAUGGUCUGCAGUUGAGGGAGAUUUUUAUUUGCUCUAAAAUUUACUUGGCCAAUCUUUUAUAUUAAAAUGACUCAGCUACUUUGUCCUUGUUUUCGUUUAGUUGCUCCCAUUUCUAUCAGACAUACCCUCUGGAUUGAGGGACUGGGGAUUUUCCAGUUAUUCAGUCUCGACAUUCCAGGAUACAAGUGAACCACAUGAGCGGUGACGAUAAGAGCAGCUGCAACAAUGCCUCAGCGGCAGAGCUGGCUAUAGUAAAGAGGCAGGAGGUAAUGAGUGCAUACGUAUCCCCUGCAGCCCCUGAGGGCGUGCGUGGGUGGGAUCAAGUGCCACAGACAGAUCUCCAGUUACCUUCUGCAGGCUGGUCAAACAGCAUGUAUACAAAGUCUCUCUUCUGGAAAGAAAACAGACAGUUACAGGUCUUGAUGGACUCAACUGUUAAAAUCUGUUUUCGUCAGCAGUACAUGAAGACAUGUAACCCUAGCAUGAGAUAUUCCCAGUGGACAAUAGUGAUUUGCAAAUGAAAACACUAGUUUUUUAGUUUUUCAUGUUAGGCUGCAACUAAUUGAAAUGCAACUAUCAAUGAAAUGUGGUCAGAAACAAUGAUUUUCUGUAAUCAUACUUCCAAAAAUCUUUCACUUCACAAUGUUUAUUUUAUUAUUUUACACUAAGGCAUCUUUUGACCCAUAAAUCACAGAAAUCAUAAUCACCUCAGGAUCACGCAAAAUCUACUCAACCGAUUUCUAUGAAACUUUAGAAGUCAUAUUCAAAAGAGAUUUAGAUCAUGUCCAAGCCGGGUUCUUUAUGGUAAUAGGAAAGUGUUUGCUGCAAGUCUAUUGAGAUGCAAUUACAAGAACCAAUCAAAAUUAAACAUUUAAAUCAGAAUCUGAUGAUACAUGAUGAACUGUCAGUCAAAUAAAUUCCCACACAGUCCUAAAAAAGCUGGAUAGCCUAUUUAUCAGGUGUUAACACUUGAUAAAUAACAUUUUAAGAUGUAUGACCUUUGCUGUUGCUUAUUUAGUCAUGAAAAAUGAAUGUGGUGGAAUGUGAAACAUUUUUGGUGGUUUUGAGUGCCAAUAAAUUUUUACCG